CAGGCGAACCAGAUGCCCGACAGUGAGCCGCUGCCCGUGGAUACUUAUUCCAAAUGCACAAGCAGGCGAGAACCACAGACACAUUUCACCCUUUGGCAGUUAACGGAACAAUCAUUUUGGUUUUUUUUUAUUUUGUUUUCCUGUCCCCGCCCCCUCGGUCUCUCUAUGUCAAUGUCUGCUUCAAAUGAGGAGCCUUCUUGGACUUGGAGUACCGGGCAUCAUUAGAAAAAAAGCUGGUUAUCCCACUCUGCCCAGGCUGCUGCUGCGGCGCUGCUGCUGCUGCCUGUGAGCGCGUCCUCUUGCUACUUUUGGGAUAUAUGUGUCUAUAUGCGCAAAAACAUGGAGAUUAUAUGACGUGGAUUUAUUUUUUGGACAAAACUGGACAUCUACAAUAACGUCAUCCCUUCUUUUUUUUCCUCCAAGUGCCUUUUUCAGCUUGUUCCCGUUUAAUUUAUGGCUACUUUAUGAUUUCAUGUCCUCCUCGAGUCCACGUCGUAUUUAUUUAUCUAUUUAUGUUGUACACUUAUUUUCUGUUCCGUUUCGGAGACGUGGAAGUGAGAUGCCUCGCACAGAACAUUUGUGGGGAGAAGAUUCCGCGCAGCAGCAGCAAGGAUGAAUGAAUGAUAGUCUCCCUGUAUAUCUGAGACGUGCCAUGGAUGGGAAACUUAAUUUGUUUCUACGGAGCCGAUCGGAGAAUAGCCGUCACGUCAAAUAACUCGGCUACUGCUGACAGCGAUCAGGACCAAUGUCAUAGGAUGAACACUGCUGGUAGGGUGUGUCUGUCUGUACUGUCCUCUUUCCUGGCUGUGGCUGGGGCUCUGGCUGCCGCGUCUGCCCUCGCUCUAGCUCCUCUCUCUGCCCUGGCUGAGGCUGCCUAUGGGGCUGCCAGUGGCAUCCCCAGCACUGGGGCAGAGGGGACCCCCUCACCCGUCUCCACACCAUGCUCCAGCCUUGUAGCUGGGGUCCUUUAUGGGUCUUUCUCCCUAAGGGAGCUAUUUCCCUCCAGGGCACCAGGCUGUUCCUGGUCCCUGGAAAACCCCGAUCCCACCAAAUACUCUCUUUACCUCCGCUUCACCCGCCACCCUAUCAUCUGCCAGACACACUCCCCCAUGCUUCUAUCUCUUGACCACCAUCUGGCAAAUCAAAGCUGUCCCCUUCAUUUACAGUCAGCUGCUGCCAGGGAUCAGGACAUCAUUGAUCUCUGCACCAGCCAAUCUAACUCAGAUGGACCUUACUCAUUCCUACAGUUUGAUAAGAACUUCGUCCAACUAUGUCUCACGAGACACCCAGCUGCUGAUGAGCCUCAGGUAACCAAGGAAUUACUGGAGCUGAGACUCGUGGAGGUGUUGCUCAUUAAUAAUGAGAACUCGAGUCAAUUUACCUGCGGUGUGCUCUGCCGAUGGUUCGAGGAGUGUUUACGCACAGGACACAAUGGAGAGCAGGAGGUUUCGGAUGCGGAUGGCUGCGGAAUGACCCAGACGGGAUGUAUCUGUCCAAACCACAACAUCAUGGCACCACCUGUUCCGCUGCUCCCAGAGACACCCCAUAGUUUCAGCAAUGGCUCGCUGGCUCCCGAUGAUUGCUGUGUUACUGAGCUGCAUUCCAAUGAUGCAAUCGCCAUAGCACCCAGAGAUGUCCGCCAAGAUCCAUAUGACGACGAUGAUCUGAAGGUGAAGACCCAAAGACCACGAUCAGCUGACCAGCCAGGUGUGUUUCAGGCACAAACAGGCGACCCUGCAGCAGAGGAGUGGUCACAGUGGAGUGUGUGCUCGCUCACAUGUGGCCAAGGCUGGCAAGUGAGGACACGAUCUUGCGUCUCCUCACCUUAUGGGACACUGUGCAGCGGUGCCCUGAGGGAAACGCGCAUGUGCAACAACACCGCUUCCUGUCCAGGUGAACCUGGCAUCACUGGCUCAGUGCAUGGGCUGUGGGACGAGUGGUCGUCAUGGAGUCUGUGCUCCGUGACCUGCGGGCGAGGCUCUAGGACACGAACCAGGAAGUGUGUGAACGGAGGGGUGGCUGUGAUUUGCGGACGGCCCGAGAUUCAAACCAAACUCUGCAACAUAGCAGUGUGCCCUGAAUACAAAUGGUCCCCAAAUGAAGUUUGAAUAAUGGCCGUUAUGGACAUGGACGUUAAAACAUGAGACAGUUUGCAACAACACUGGUGGCUACCAACUGAGUAAUAACCUGUGUUUUUUUCCCUGAAUGGAUUUCAGUCUGAGUGUGUGUUUGUGCGCUUGUACGCAAUCACUCACCGCUUGAGCAAUUAUCACAGGGUAAGUGCUUUUUAUUUAUUAUUGUA